AGUUUUAACAUUCGUUCCUAUCAUCAUAUGAACUCUUUCAUCUCCAAAACCCUAAUUCCCUCCAUUUCUCUUCGUUCCUCAACUCGUUUGACUUUGACCCCCAACUCACUUCGUCACCACAAAUUACACUUACCUCGACUCAUGAGUUCCCAGUCUUCCCAGCGACUCUUCCAACUCAAACUCGAUCCACUCACCGGAAACUCGGAGUGGGUCGUCAUCCAAGACAACGACGAACUUCCUGAAUGUUACAAGGAACCGCUUUUAGCCGCCACGUCGUAUCUCGACAUGCUCAACGACUCUUGUCGGAACAAAGCCUUCCGUUUAGCCAUUGACAAAACUGUAACUAAACCUUGCCACGUGCUCGACAUUGGUGCGGGAACUGGGCUGUUGUCAAUGAUGGCUGCAAGAGCGAUGGGAUUAAAUGGUACUGUGACAGCAUGUGAAUCUUAUCUUCCAAUGGCGAAGUUGAUGAGGAAAGUUUUGCAUCGAAAUGGCCUGGGAAAAGCCAUCAAUCUUAUUAAUAAGCGUUCUGAUGAACUCGAAGUUGGUAUUGAUAUCCCUUCGCAAGCAGAUGUCCUUGUUAGUGAGAUUUUGGACUCGGAGUUACUGGGGGAAGGGCUAAUUCCGACUCUGCAAUAUGCAUACGAUAAGCUUUUGGUUGAAAAUCCACUAACGGUGCCAUACCGAGCUGUUACAUAUGGCCAGCUGGUUGAAAGUUCAUACUUGUGGAAGCUUCAUGUUUUGUAUGGUACUGAAGCAAAAGCAUCAGAUGGUAUUUGUCUUGUUCCUACAGGCUUGGAUAGUAUUUUACAUGUCAAAUCACAACAGUAUCCAAUGCAUUGUGAUGCUAUAAGGAAUGAAAUAAAACUGCUUUCAGAACCCUUCAAAAUAUUUGAAUUUGACUUCUGGAAACGGCCAGAAAGCCAUAGGGAAACUAAGGUGCGGAUCAAAGCGAUUGAUGAUGGUAACAUUCAUGCUAUAGUUUCAUGGUGGGUUCUUCAACUUGAUAGUGAAGGAACUGUCUUCUAUUCCACUGCCCCUAGAUGGAUAAAUUCACUGACUAAUAUAGGAAAUAGGAAUUGGUGUGACCAUUGGAAGCAGUGUGUUUGGUUCUUUCGAGGGAAGGGUAUGCCAGUGUCCGUGGGAAAAGAAGUUCUUUUGGAAGCUACUCACACGGAGACUAGUGUCUUAUAUAACCUCAAUGUCCAAGUCACUCAAACUGACAUAAGGCAGCAUGAUUACAAAAUUGGAGAUUUUCAGCUGUUAUUGUCACCAGAAAGAAUUGCAACUUAUGGAGACGGUGAAUGGCGAUUGUCCAUGUUGACAGCAGUAAGAAAUGCUUUGCAUGGAAGAGUUAACACAUUAUGUGUUGUUGUGGAUGAUAGCAUAUUUUUAACCCUACUUGCUGUAAAUCUUUCGAAAACGUCACAUGUAGUAUCAUUGUUUCCUGGGUUGAGAGAAAAGGGUGCCCAAUAUUUGGAAAAAGUUGUGAAGGCAAAUGGUUUCUCUAUGGAUCGUGUGGAAGUUCCCGAAAAGAGGAAAGCAUCUUUGACCUUGCAUGAUACUCAUGGAAGAACGGUUGAUAUGUUGAUUGGAGAACCAUAUUAUUAUGCAAAUGAAGGGAUGCUUCCAUGGCAGAACCUACGGUUUUGGAGGGACCGUACCUUGCUCGACCCCAUCCUUUCAGAAGAUGCGCUGAUAAUGCCUUGUAAAGGAAGACUAAAGGCUUGUGCUAUGUCUCUCCCUGAUCUUUGGAGUAGUUGUCGUUGCUUAGGUGAGGUCGAAGGCUUUGACCACUCUAUUGUAAAUACUACCUUAGGGGCAUGCGGUGAAUUACCGGCCCCGAAAGAGGGUCCAUGUCUUCCUUUCUCCAUAUGGCAGUGCGGUGAGAUAAAGGAGUUAAGUGAGAGAUUUACCAUCUUAGAAUUUGAUUUCUCGAAAUCAAUAACUUCAUGUCAUGGAAAAGCAGAGGUUCAAUUCAGUGAACAUGGUAUGUGUCAUGGAUUUGUUCUGUGGGUGGAUUGGGUUAUGGAUGCAGAGAAUUCGGUCGUAGUAUCGACCGGACCAGACCACAGAUACUGGAAGCAAGGGGUUAAGCUUCUGAGCAAGCCCGUUGCAGUUGGAAUCAAUGGAUCUAAAAGCACAAGUGAAUUUGGUUCAACCGUAGUGGAAGCAUUGUUCGAGCCAGCAAGUAGUGAACUCAUCAUUAAAAAUGCUUUCUCAUGACUCAAUCGUUUGGUUUGUUGGGAGAAUUCCCCAAUUCUUACUAAAAUAUUAUAUUGAUGUUUUCAUUAUUUGCAAUA